AUGUCAGUGCCGUACUUGAUUGAACUGAUGGGUCUUAUUGGUAACAUCACCGGCACUAUGCUCAGUUUCAUAUGGCCAGCUUUGUUCCAUUUGAGGAUAAAGGCACAGUUCAGCAGCGAUCAACGGGAUCGACGUUUCGACUACUUUAUCAUUGCUACUGGCAUUUGUGUGAUGUCUGUUGGCAUUUAUUACUCAUCAAUUGAAUUGGCGAAUGCUAUUCAGUAUGGACAACGUUAG